UGUAUCAUUCCGCGUCUCAGGUGACAGGAAUACACACAUCAUUCGGGAAUAGUUUUCAUGUAAAAAACAACAAAUUUCCCCAGCCGGCUUAUACAUUUUGCAUCUCUACAGCUUCAAAAGGAGAAAAUUUUACAAUAAAAUUCCCCAGCCGGCUUACACAUUUUCCAUGUCUACAGUAAAAAGGAAAAAAGGAAAAAAGGAGAAAUCGAGCACGGUAUCCAUGGGCCAAAUCCAUUGCUAAAAAAACAAAUCAAACCCCACUUGUUGGGUGCAAUUUGCGUCGUACUAAUCACACCAACUUGUCAGGCCCUCAACAUUCUAUUGACUUUGAUUAUAGUGGGCCUAAAAUUUCCAAAUUUAUACCCCCAAAAUCCACAUGACCUUGAAUAUAAAGAGACUUCAUUAAUGUACUAACUACCAGACAAAUAUUUUGUUAUCAACCUCUGUUGUGAACGCACAGUUUGCGCUGUUGACCAACACGCAAAUGCAGAAAACUUGAAUCCAUUAGUAUAUAUAUAUAUAUAUAUAGAUCUAAUAGAUUGUUUGUAGGGGGUUUGUUAUAGAGGCAAUCCAUAAGCCCACAGGUUUAAAAGGAAUGGUGCACUAUUUCUGUGGGGGAAAAGUAUGUUUAGAUCCUGUUUUAAUCCCCUCCAAAAUCUGCGGAACCCGUCAGACUCACGUGACACUGGCCUAUGGAACACGGAUGUGAAAGAACAUUCACCUGGGUAUCUGUCUAUGGCGGUUGUGCAGGCUAAUACGCGCAUGGAGGAUCAGAGCCAGGUGGUUACAGGUCCAUGGGGUUCUUUUGUAGGAGUCUACGAUGGUCAUGGUGGCCCCCAAGCUUCAAGGUUUCUUAAUCAGAAUCUCUUCCAGCGAUUGGAAAAAUUUGUCUCGGACCAAGGAAAAAUGUCUGCAGAGGUACUACGUAUGGCCUUCAGUGCCAUUGAAGAAGAGUUUUUACAUUUUGUUUCAAGAUCCUGGGAAGCACAACCUCAGCUUGCUUCUGCAGGGUCUUGUUGUCUUGUAGGAGUUAUAUCAAGAAAUAUGCUUUAUGUGGCAAACCUUGGGGAUUCAAGAGCUGUUCUGGGAAGUGCAAGAUCUAAAAAAUCUAUUACAGCAGAGAGAUUGUCAACAGAGCAUAAUGCAGCCGAGGAAGAAGUCCGCAAAGAAUUAAAAUCGCUCCAUCCAGAUGAUUCACAUAUAGUAGUUUUUAGAAAUGGGGUAUGGCGCGUUAAAGGCAUAAUACAGGUGUCAAGAUCAAUUGGGGAUAUAUACUUGAAGAAACCAGAGUUCAACAGAGAUCCUCUCUUUCAACAUUUUGGGUUUCCACUGGCACUCAGGCGGCCAGUUUUGUCAGCAGAGCCAUCCAUACAUGUGCAUCAUCUUAAAUCAGAUGAUCGAUUUAUAAUAUUUGCAUCAGAUGGCCUAUGGGAACAGAUAAAUGAGCAAGAAGCUGCUGAGAUUGUACAUAACAGUCCACGCACUGGCAUUGCCAAGCGGCUAAUUAAGGCUGCCAUUCAGGUGGUUGCGAAAAAACGGGAAAUGACAUAUGCAGAGCUUCAGAGAGUGGAGAGAGGUGCACGGCGGAGUUAUCAUGAUGAUAUUACAGUAGUUGUCAUUUAUUUUGACCAUGAAGCAAUAACUCAGCAGUCAAACCUCCGUUCACACUGCAACCAGUUUGGAGCAUAUCGCACCUCAGCACCAGUGGAUAUCUUUUCUUCAGAUGCUUUGGAGAUGGAUGGUUCCCCAAACUGAUGCCUUUUCUCCUGAAUUUUUUCUUCAGCUUCACCAUUGAGAAUAUAUCCUGUUUAAUGCCAAAUUUUGUAGAUUGUGCAGUUGCUUCAUAGGUUAUGCCAUUUGUAAAUAUUGUCACAGUUUUUAUUUAUUUACUGAUUUGAACUUGUCAUGUUUGAAUUCUUGAUUCAACGAAUUAAGCAAAUGUAUGCACGAAAUUGUAUAUAAUGUAUUUUUAACAUACAGGAUGCAUUAAACAGCACUUAAGAAGGCUGUUAUAAAUAUAUAUAUAUGUAUUUAGAUCUUUUCA